AGUACAUUUUUAAUUUAUUUAAUAAACGUCAUGAUACUAUUAUUAAAGUAUUUUUCAUCAAUUGUUAUAUUUGGCCAGUUAUUUUCAAAUGUUUUUUGUGUUAAAAAUAUUCUUUUGAUAGUAGUAGAUGAUCUUCGACCAGCUUCAGGCUGCUACAAUGACAAAAAUGCCUAUACUCCUCACAUUGACGAGUUAGCUGCAAAUAGUUAUGUAUUUACUAGAGCAUUUGCUCAGCAAGCAUUGUGCGCACCCAGUCGCAACUCAUUUCUGACGAGUAGAAGGCCCGACUCUCUCCUCUUGUACGACUUCUACAGCUAUUGGCGACAUGUCGUUGGAAAUUUUACCACUCUGCCACAGUUCUUCAAGGAACGCGGCUACGUCACCAAGUCCAUUGGCAAAGUGUUUCAUCCAGGUAUCUCUUCGAACAACAGCGACGACCAGCCGUACAGCUGGAGUGAGCCGCCAUACCACCCUGCCACCGAGCGCUACAAGGAGUGGCCAGUGUGUGGAGCCGGACAUCGCAACCUGGUAUGCCCGGUUUACACCGACCUGCAGCCGGGAGGCACGCUGCCCGACCUGCAGAGUGUGGCCGAGGCAAAAAGGUUCGUCGCGAGCCGCGCCGAGGCUCGAGGUUCUGCUUCAAGCCGGCCGUUUCUGCUCGCCGUAGGCUUUCACAAGCCGCAUGUGCCGCUCAAGUUUCCGAAACGGUUUUUGGAUUACCAUCCGUUGGAGAAUGUGACAUUGCCGGACAACAGACAGCGACCCUAUGGAUCGCCGACGGUCGCUUGGAAUCCGUGGAAUGAUUUGCGCGAAAGGGACGACAUUGCCAAACUCAAACUGCUCUUUCCGUUUCAACCAAUGCCAG